UUUAUUAUUAGUUCAUGUGGUAUUAAUAUUUAGUGCUGAAUUAUGUGCACCGGGAGGUUUAAAAAAGUUUGACUCAAAUAUAGCUAAACUGAUAACAAUUGGCAAUUCCGGGCGACGUUUCCCCGAUAGUAGGGGCUCUGAGUUGAAAAAGUAUUGCGUACAAAAUGAAAGGCUGCUAGGUGAUAUCGAAAAGUAUCGCAAUCAAUGUAUGGACAACAUGCCCAAGCAAAUCACCGGGAUAUUAUUAUACACGGGCAAGAGUACAAUUAGACAAUUUUGUAAAAGGGACAAUAAACAACUGGACAACCUACUUAAGGCCGGUGCGUGUGGUAACGCUGGGAAUAACCAGGGUGUCCCCCAAUGUACGCCCAUUGCAGUGGACAGUAUGCUAGGUUACCUUAAUAAACCGCCAAAAAAGCUAAAAUCUCAACGAAGGACUAAAUCGUUUGCGUUGCCUAUGAUUGAUGUGUUGAGAAGUUUUCCCGAGGUCUAAAUUGCGUAAAUAAAUAUAGUUACACAGUAUAAUUCAGUGUAAUUACUAAUUAUUAAUUAGCAUGGGUAUUAUUUUUAAUUUAUG